UUUAAUCCAAUGGAUUAAUCAAUAGUAAAACUGAAUACGGAAUGUGAAGAUAUUCAAUAAUCAUUCCUCUCCUCUCCAAGUGAGUACUUCUCGAAUCAAAAAGAUGAUUUAGCUGAGAAAUGUCAAUUCUCAUAUAAACUAUUUUGUGAAACCAAUCCCCGAGAUCAAAUUGCAUAAAAGAUUGUUAAUUUUCAAUAAGAAAAACAAUAACUGUAAUCGAUCCAACUUAUAUAGUCUCUAUUUGAUAGAGAAAUUAGAAUAGUAUUUCAUUAAAGAUAUCACAACCUUACUUGAAUAUGUUGAACAAUUAGAAUAAUCAUACAAUACAUUAUAUAAUGGAGGAUUCAAAAUAAUAAAUGAACAAUUACUAACAUUUUUUGAUUAUGAGAAAGUUUAAAAACUAAAUGAAACAAUUAAUCUUUUAGAAUAAAGAUGGAAUCUACCAUAAAUAAAAGAAGCAGGCAAAUAAUUUGAAAAAGUGUUAGGAUUAUCUAGUUUGAAAUGUAUGUUAGAAGAACAUGUUCGUGAUUAAACAAUGGUGCAGUUCUUCUUACAAAACUAAAUACACAAACCACCAGUUGAAUAUCUAUUCUUAAGGAGUCAAGAAGUUGAUAAAUUGAAUGAAUAAGAUGGAAUCUACUUUGGAGAAGUAUUAUAAUAAAUGAAGCAUGGAUUUGGAGUUUGUAUUAGAGGCUAAGCAAUUUGGUAAGGUUAUUGGAAACAUAAUCAUAUUCUUUGGGGUCAAUAUACAUUUGAGGAAAAUGGAUAGAAAAAAAUUAUGUAAGGUUAAUUUAAGGAUGAUAUGCUAGAAGGAGAAGGAAAAUGCAUAGCAUUUAAUGGGGAUACAGUUUAAGGAUAAUUUAGAAGAAGUCGAAUUUAAGGAAGAGGUACUUACAGAUUUAGUUAUGGAAAUAUGUAUAUAAAUAUUAUAUUAAUUUAGAUAUGAAGGAGAUCUAAAAAAUAAUACUAUUGAUGGAUAAGGUUCUAUGAAAUUUGCUAAUGGUGAUUAAUAUGAGGGAGAUUGGAGAAAUCAUUCUAUUUAUGGGAAAGGCAAGUAUACAUAUAAUAAUGGUGAUGUUUAUGAAGGAGAUUUUGUUAAUGGAGACAAAGAAGGAAAAGGAUUACUAAGAUUUGAGAAUGGAAAUAUGUAUUAAGGAGAAUUUAAAAAUAAUAUAAUACAUGGUUAUGGAGAAUUUACAUUUGCAAAUGGAGAUAAGUAUGCAUAUAUUUUAGAUAAUAAGGUAUAAAGGAGAAUUCAAAAAUGCUCAAAGAGAUGGAAAGGGUAAAUAUGAAUAAACGACUGGUGAAUUUUAUGAAGGAACUUUUGUUAAUGAUAAAAGAGAAGGGUUCGGAAUUUAAAAGUAUUCUAAUGGAGAUAUCUAUGAAGGAUAAUUCAGAAAUGAUAAAAGAGAAGGAUAAGGAAGAUAUAAAUUUGCAAAUGGAAAUGUGUAUUUUUCUGAUUAAAUUUUAGUUAUAUUGGAGACUUUGUUAAUGAUAAAAUGGAAGGUAAAGGAAAAAAGAAAUUUGCAAAUGGUGAUUGUUAUGAAGGGGAAUGGAGUAACUAACUUUUUAAUGGAAAAGGAUAAUAUAAGUUUGCAAAUGGUAAUACAUAUAUUGGAGGAUUUAUUAAUAAUAAAAGAGAAGGACAUGGAAUUUAUAAAUUUGCUAAUGGUAAUACAUAUGAAGGAGAGUAUAAGAAUGAUAAAAGAGAUGGUAAAGGUAUUUUUAUAUAUGCUGAUGGAAAUCGAGAAAUUGGUGAAUAUAUAGAAGGCAAACCUCAAGGGGAACAUUAAGUUUAUAGAGGAAGAUAAAGUAGUCCAUUUAAAAUUAAUAACUAUAAUUCUGGUAAAUUAGAUUCAACCUUUAUUACAAGUAAAUUCUGAU